AUGAGUAUUUCGCCCAAAGUUUUCCUUUCAGCUUUCUACAUCCUUCACUUGCAAUGGGCAGUAACCGAUGCGUUCAUCAGGAUGAUUGCAACCGGCACCAAGAUUGAGUUCCAUUACAAUAAGGCAAUUUUCAACAUAUCGUACGCCUUCCACCAGACGCCAGCGCUCGAAGACCAGUGGCUCGAUUUCGAUAUCGAUAUUAAACGGCAACUCAAUGAUUUGCGGUUGUAUUUUACCUAUUACAGCGUCGGGAAUGAUGGAAGCUUACAGGUCGCUCUGAUAAAGCGACGGGUCGAGCUUUGCUCCUAUCUGAGAAAUAGAAACAAGGACCGCUUGAUCAAGAACUUUGUCGAUUAUCUGUACGCUCGCAGCCACCUACCGCCGGGCUGCCCGUUCCCGGCCGGUAGCUACUACAUGUGCAAUCUGAAGCUAUCCGACGUGCCGAUACCGGCCUUUCUGCCCGAGGCUAACUAUAUGCUGGAGCUGCAGUACUUCUCGGAAGUGCGUGGCCGUGCGUUGGCCGAGCUACGCAUUCACGGCAGGAUAGUGCGGCUGAUCGACAACAUAUUGGCGUUGCCAAGCAAGACCCCACCGCCUGUAACCAAAAAACCAGCGAAAGUUUGA